UUUGUACUCUGUGUAAAUGAUAUGUUCUGUAGUCUCCUUAGUUAGUUGUUGUUGUUUUUACAUAUCUCCUGACAGAAGAGUGGCUUCAGCAACGUAUCUUCUAUGAUUUACCAAAAGAAAAAUUUAUCAUUGUUCACGGUCGCAAAUAAAACGCCGCCUACGUAGCCCUGCACUGUUGGGGUCUUCAGUGUCUUAGGAUAUUCAACUGGACAGCGUCAUAGAGCGUUUUCCCGCUAUAGGAUGUAGGCGACGUAGGCGGUGCUAAUUUACCUAGGUCCUAUUACGUUUUUCCUGCAUUCUACCUGGCUUAAUAAUUAGUAACCACAAGAUUGCUUGAGUUAAACCAAUUGUAUUAGCCCGGAAUGAAAACCUGACGAAGUCAAACAUAGCCUAAUAACUUUUUAAGUUUACUAGAAAACACAGUGACAUUCGGACAAAAUGACAUGUGGUAUUCUACUUUGAUGUGUACGUUCUGUAUAAAUAGGACAACUUUGGUAAAUGUGUUAUCUGGCCAUAUUUAGGCCAUUGAUUUUGAAAGGACGUCUGCUCUGACCUGCCGAAAUUGAAAUAAAAAUAUACGAGUUACUUCCCCUCAGAAAUGCUGGUCAUUUUGCUUGUAACUUUAUUCACAAGUCAAAAAGCCCUAUCAGCCUACACUGACCCUCACUGUAUUGGGGGCAGAGACGGUAUUGUCCAUCUGUUUGAAUGGAAAUGGAACGACAUAGCCGCCGAGUGUGAGAGAUUUCUUGGACCUUAUGGAUUUUGUGCUGUCCAGACCUCUCCAGCCAAUGAGAACAGAGUUGUUACCAAUCCCAACCGUCCCUGGUGGGAGCGUUACCAGCCUGUCAGCUACAACCUUCAAACCAGGAGCGGCAGCGAGGCAGAGUUUAGAAGUAUGGUUCAGAGAUGCAACAACGCUGGGGUCAGGAUCUAUGUCGACGUAGUAUUGAAUCAUAUGACUGGAGCGGGAGGAAACGGACAUGGUACAGCAGGCACAUACUACGAUGCUGGCGGCCUGCAGUUUCCUGGAGUUCCUUACGGGCCGACCGACUUUAACGACUACAGCAAUUGUAACACCUGGGAUCUGAACAUCCAUAACUACAACAAUCCCGAGGAAGUCAGAAAUUGUCGACUGGUCAGUUUGCUUGACCUGAGGAUGGAAAAAGACUACGUCAGGCAGAAAGCUGCAGACUUCUUGAAUCACUUGCUCGACCUCGGUGUCGCUGGAUUCAGAGUGGACGCAGCCAAACAUAUGUGGCCAGGGGAUAUAAUAGCUCUCUUCCACAAGGUCAAGUCAGUGACCUGGGGUGGACAACCUUUCGUCUUCCAAGAAGUCAUCGACCAGGGUGGAGAGCCCAUCAAAGCAGAAGAAUAUUUCGCCACAGGGCGUGUGACAAACUUCAAAUUUGGUCUGGAACUAGCUAGAGUUUUCAGACGUCAGAACGCGAUGAAAUGGUUGAGCAACUUUGGCGUAGGAUGGGGCAUGUGGUCAUCAGAGAAGGUGGUCAACUUCAUAGACAACCACGACAACCAGCGGGGGCAUGGAGGUGGCGGAGGUGUUCUCACACACUGGGAGCCCAGGCCCUACAAGCUAGCUACGGCCUUCAUGUUGGCCCAUCCUUACGGUAUGCCCCGUGUGAUGAGCAGCUUCGAGUACAACAGGGCCAACGACUAUGAGGGGCCCCCUCACAACGGGGACAUGAGCAUCAAGGACGUGACAUUGAGUGGAAUGAGCUGCAAUAACGGGUGGAGCUGUGAACACAGAUGGCGUCAAAUUUACAACAUGGUUGCAUUCCGAAACUUGGCCAGAGGGACACCUAUCGCCAACUGGUGGUCAGGAGCAGACUACCAGAUAGCCUUCUCACGUGGGAAUAAAGCGUUUAUCGCCCUUAAUUUGGAAGGCUAUGAGAUCAACCAAAUGCUUCAGACUGGACUUCCUGCUGGUACCUAUUGCGACGUCAUCAGUGGAAAUUAUGAAAACGGUCAGUGCACUGGCUCAAGCGUGACCGUUGGUGGAGAUGGAAGGGCGAACAUUAGGGUUUGCUCUAGUUGUGAUGACCCCAUGGUGGCUAUUCACGUAGGUGCCAAAGUUGGUUCACCGGCUCAACGCUACUGAAGACGAUUAUAUUUUGUAUACAUUUGAGUCGCAUGUGUAGAAAUCCGCAUUUUAUGAUGAGCAAUGCCAACUUUCAUUUAUGUUCAAUUCUAUGCAAUUGUACUAAAGACAGACAACGUGCUACAAAAUGCACAAACUGGAGUGUUCUUUUAUCAGACAAAUAGAAAAAGACUGUUUUUUUUAAAUAAAAUAAAAGACUUUGUUGUUAAAAAUC